AUACUCCAUGUUGUAAAAAAAACUAUAUUAUGUAAAAAUUUGAAAGCAGUUAGAGAAUGGGUAGCAAACUUUGAAAGCAGCUAUCACUUGCCAGCUUCAGUAGUGGGGCCCCAUCCACUACCGACGAUGGUCCGAGAGUUCCAGUCAGUGAUAGGCAAGGAAGUAAGGAAACAAGCAAUGGAUAGAUGGGGUGGGAAACCGGAUGUUCUGGUUGCAUGUGUAGGAGGUGGGUCCAAUGCAAUGGGUUUAUUCCAUGAAUUUAUUGAUGAUGAAGAUGUUAGAUUGAUUGGGAUUGAAGCAGCUGGAUAUGGAUUGGAAAGUGGUUGGCUAUCAGCUACUUUAAGUAAAGGUGAUGUUGGUGUUUAUCGUGGGACUAUGAGCUAUUUGUUGCAAGAUGAUGAAGGUCAAAUUAUUGGUCCUUACUCAAUUGGAGUUGGGUUAGAAUGUCCAGGAGUGGGACCAGAGCUGAGCUUCUUGAAGGACAACGGACGCGCAGAGUUUCACGCAGUCACAGAUGAAGAAGCCCUGCUUGCAUACAAGAAUUUGUGCAAAUUAGAAGGCAUAUUUCCAGCACUUGAAGCAUCACAUGCACUUGGAUACCUAGAAAAACUGUGCCCAACUCUACCAAAUGGAACCAAAGUGGUUGUUAACUGCAGCGGACGAGGUGACAAGGAUGCUGCCACUGUUCAGCAAUUCGAUCAGCUGCGCUUUUUUACAUCUAUGGCUGCUUCCAAAACUAUUUCACCAGACCACUCUAAACAACUCUCUCUGCACUCAUAAACAUUCCAAUAGAAUUGAUACAUCAUCAUCAUACCCAGCGUAUUUAGUUGUGUUUUGGGAAACAUGUAUCCCCUCAUAAGAUACAUGAUCAGGGUUUUGGGAAACAUGUUGUAUAUAAGAAUAUGAGUGAUUUAGUUGUGUUUAUUUUUAUUACAUAGUAGAGGCGUAGAGCGAGAAUAAUCGUGUUGAAUCUUUCUUAAAAGUGAUACUUACUUUUUAACUGAGAUAAAUAUGUUUUUCUAGUUGCGCUUCAUUAUACUCCCUUUUAUUCACUAUUAUUGUCCCAUUUGGUUUUUGAUCUCUAUUUAUCAAUUAUUCUUAAUUUGUAUUUUGUUUUUAAUCUAUAAAUAAAAAUAUAAUAAAAUAGGAUCUUGUUUGAUUCGUCUUAAUGUAAAUUUUAUUAAUAUUGGAGAGGGCUAGGUGCAUGUUAAAACAAGCAAAUUUGGGGAAACAAUUUUGGGCCGAAGCGGUGGCUACGGCAUGUUAUUUGAUCAACCGUUCACCUCAUAUCACCUUGAAGUUCAAGUCGCCACAAGAAGUAUGGUACAACACUCCGGUAAACUAUUUUAGUCUUAGAAUCUUUGGUUGUCCAGCUUAUAUUCAUGUAAAUGUUGGUAAGUUAGAACCUAGGGCUAGAAAAUGUAUUUUGUGGGAUAUGGAAUGGGUGUAAAGGGAUAUAAGGUGUGGUGUAUAUUCAACAAUUUUUAAUACGAAUGG